CGCGCGGCCGGCUCAGUGCGGCCGGCACCUGGGGCGAGCUUACCUGCGGGCGAAGUUCGCGGCGGCGUCGGAGGCGGCGGGGAGCGGAGAGGAGCCGCCGGGGCCUCGCUAGGGCCGCAGCGGCAGCAGUUGGGCCCCCCGCCCCGGCCGGCGGCCCAGAGAACGCAGGAAGGGGGCCGGGGGGACCCGCCCCCGGCCGGUCGCAGUCAUGAACUCCAACGUGGAGAACCUGCCCCCCCACAUCAUCCGCCUGGUGUACAAGGAGGUGACGACGCUGACCACGGACCCUCCCGAUGGCAUCAAGGUCUUUCCCAACGAAGAGGACCUCACGGACCUGCAGGUCACCAUCGAGGGCCCUGAGGGGACCCCGUACGCCGGAGGCCUGUUCCGCAUGAAACUCCUGCUGGGGAAGGACUUUCCUGCCUCCCCGCCCAAGGGCUACUUCCUGACCAAGAUCUUCCACCCGAACGUGGGCGCCAACGGCGAGAUCUGCGUCAACGUGCUCAAGAGGGACUGGACGGCUGAGCUGGGCAUCCGGCACGUGCUGCUGACCAUCAAGUGCCUGCUGAUCCACCCCAACCCCGAGUCCGCCCUCAACGAGGAGGCGGGCCGCCUGCUUUUGGAGAACUACGAGGAGUACGCGGCCCGCGCCCGCCUGCUCACGGAGAUCCACGGGGGAGCCGGGGGGCCCAGCGGCGGGAGGCCCGAGGCCAGCCGCUCCCCGGCCAGUGCAGCCUCGGCCUCCUCCACCGACCCCGCGGCCCCUGGGGGCCCGGGCGGGGCUGAGGGGCCCAUGGCCAAGAAGCACGCCGGCGAGCGCGACAAGAAGCUGGCGGCCAAGAAGAAGACGGACAAGAAACGGGCGCUGCGGCGGCUGUAGUGGGUGCUUCCUCCACACCUGCCCGACCCGCAACGCUGUCUCUAAGUUAUUUAAGUUAUGGCUGGGGUGGGGGAGGGGGGCACCGGGACCCGGAUUUGUUUUUCUAAAUAAAGUUGGAAAAGCAAGCAGCUAUGGUGCCUCUUAGUGCCCAGACCAGCCUCUGCCGGGGCUCAGAGCAGCUGGCCUUCCCCCCUCAGGUCCACACGCAGUCCCACCGCACGGGGCCCCUCAUGGAGCUCUGGGGCCACCUCUGGUCUCGGCUGAUGAGGCGUGCUCUGGAUUAACCAGGCGAUGACGUGACUGCAGGAACCCAAUAUUUAAGGUUCUGCCCCUCUCCAGGGGAGGGGAGGGCAUGGGAGCUUUCCGCCGGCCCUGCCUCAGUUCCUUGUCCAUUAUCCAUCAUUUGGUUGGCACAGGGUCAAAAAUUAUCAUAAUCCCUGGCCAGGUGGCUCAGUUGAUAUGAACACCAUCCCAUGCACUAAAAGUUGCAGGUUCCAUCCCCAGUCAGGGCAUACAGGAGACUGCUGAUCUGAGUUUUCCUCUUCCCUUUCUCUAAAAUCAAUUUUAAAAACACCCUCGGGUGAGGAUUUUAAAAAAACUCAUAAAAUGAAAAAACUGGAAAUGACCCAAAUGUUCAAUAGUUGAAUGAGAGAAGGAAUUGUGAAUUCAUACGAUGCAAUCUCACUCAGCAAAGUAUUGAUACAGAAAACAUGGAUGAGUCUCAAAACUAUUAACGGGCUGAAAAGUGUAAAACAUUUAAUCCUAUUUGUGUGAAAUUCUAGAACAGGCCCAACUAAUCACUUAUGGCUGAAAGCAGAUCAGGGAGGUUCAAAUCGGGGGCAUGGGAAAGUUUUUGGGGGGAGGUGAGCAUAUUGCAAGUCUUCUUUAAAAAUACAUAUUUUUUUAAUUUCAGAGAAGAGGGGAGAGAUAGAAACAUCACUGAUAAGAAUCAUUGGUUGCACGCUUCCCACUGAGGAUCGAGCCCGCAACCCCGGGCAUGUGCCCUUGACCGGAAUCAAACCUGGGACCCUUUAGUCCCCAGGCCAACGCUCUAUCCACAGAGCCAAACCAGCCAGCGCUAUUCCAAGUCUUGUUAUGAUGGUCCCAUGGAUGCACAAAUUUGUCAAAACUCACCUAACUAUAGCCUGUCCCAGUAUGGUCCAGUGGUUGAGUGUCAACUUAUGAACCAGGAGGUCAGGGUUCCAUUCCCAGUAUAUACACAGGGAUGUCUUUUCUUAAGGCAAAGAUAGCCCUGGCCAGUAUGGUUCCCUUGCUUGGAGCAUGGCUCCCAGGAGUGGAAGGCUGUGGGUAAGGGCGCAUAGAUAGGUUGUGGGCUUGACCCUUGGUGGGGGCACAUACAAGAGGUAACCAAUCAAUGUUUCUCACAUCGAUGUUUCUCUCCUCCCUCCCUCCCUAAAAUAAAAAAAGCAAAGAAUUUUUAAUUUUAAGGGCAAGGUUUCUACUAAGAAAUGGCUCCCUUGCCCUAGCCAGUUUGGCUUGGUGGAUAUAGAGCAUGGGCCUGUGGACUUUACGAUUCUGGUAAAGAGCAGACGAUCUAUGAUUCUCAUCAUUGAUGUUUCUCUCUCUCCCUCUCCCUUCCUCUCUGAAAUAAAUAAAAAUACAUAUU